UGUUUCGACAGCUUUAAUUUAAUGCGGGUUUGCAGACAUAGAAACAGAAAACUUGAACGAAUUCAGUUUUAUUUUAGUAUAUCCAAUAUUUUUAUCGCGUUUGUAUUUAGUUUUUUCCAUUGUUUUAAAGUUAAUAAACGCCGGAGAACUGCUGGCGCCAGUGGCCAUCGGUAUGCCUGCAGAUAAUACCUCUGAACUUCUCAAGCACUAUGAGGUUUACGAAACCAUUGGUUCAGGUGGGUUUGCCAAGGUCAAACUUGGCAGACACUUACUGACAGGAGAGAAAGUGGCCAUCAAAAUCAUGGAAAAGAAAGAUCUAGGGGAUGACCUGCCACGAGUUAAGAUAGAAAUUGAAGCAAUGAAGAACCUCAGUCAUCAACAAGUGUGUCGUCUCUAUCAUAUCAUUGAGACUUCAACCAAGAUCUAUAUGGUGCUUGAGUACUGUCCUGGUGGAGAACUGUUUGAUUACAUUAUUGCCAAAGAUCGAUUAUCAGAGGAGGAGACCCGGGUCUUUUUCCGUCAGAUCAUCUCUGCGUUGGCCUACGUUCAUAGCCAAGGCUAUGCUCACAGGGACCUCAAGCCAGAAAACCUACUGAUUGAUGAAGAUCAUAACCUAAAACUCAUAGACUUCGGGCUCUGUGCCAAACCCAAGGGUGGCUUGGGCUAUGAACUGAUGACCUGCUGCGGCAGUCCAGCAUACGCAGCACCAGAGCUCAUUCAGGGCAAGGCGUACAUUGGCUCUGAGGCUGAUGUGUGGAGUAUGGGUGUGUUGCUCUACGCUUUGCUGUGUGGUUAUCUGCCAUUUGAUGAUGACAAUUGUAUGGUUCUCUACAGAAAAAUCACAAGAGGAAAAUACAGUCACCCGAACUGGCUUUCACCUGGAAGCAUUCUACUUCUGAACCAGAUGAUGCAGGUGGACCCAAAGAGGCGUUUGUCAGUGAAACAGUUGCUUGAUCACCCCUGGGUUAUGAAGGGCUACGGCACACCAGUGGAGUGGCACAGUAAACAUCCAUUAGGUCACAUCGAUGAUGACUGCAUCACUGAAAUGGCAGUGGCUUUCAAACAGUCCAGACAACGCACAAUCCAAAUCGUGUCAGAGUGGAAGUAUGACCACAUGACAGCAACCUAUCUUUUACUGCUGACUAAAAAGCGUCAAGGUCGUCCUGUGCGUCUGAGAGCAGAGUGCCCUGUUCUUGACCCCACCUAUUCACCUUUACAGGACAUACAACUGAAGAAGUGUCUACGCUUCAAUGAGGAUGAUGAUGGCGUUCACCCAAUGGUGCUGGGCUCUAUGGUCUUCCCCCCUGAUUGCUAUGCUGACGAGAACUCCUGGACCCCUCUCACACCCAGGAACACACACACCACAAACACUCCACGCAUGAUUCUCACCUCUGUCACAUCUGAGAAGAGGCGGAAUGAAACUGGUCACUCCCCCUACAUGGACCAAGGAAGGCCCCGCCCACAGAAGCCGGAGAAACGUGAGAGGACCAAAGAAAAUAAAGAAAAUCUUGCUGUCACUAGUGCAGACGGAGAUAUUUUUGCUCUGCCUGCUCCUCGAACUCCAGUGUCUGGUAGAAAGGCCGCCCGAGUCAACAGAACCUUAGCAACAACACCCAAUAACAACAUUACAAACAAUGACACAAACAGAGGAGCGGCCAGCGCCUCUAAAGAUGCGUCCCGCAGGAGAGAGAUGGACCAACAGCAAAGCAGCCAUCAGGGAGAGCUGGAGAUCCUGGCCUUUAGCCCUGAGAGGAGGUCUCGAUCACUGGACCUGGCAGGCUGUCAGAUGGACAGUGGGCAGAAGCGGAAGGGUGGGAAAGUGUUUGGCAGUCUGGAAAGAGGCUUAGAUAAAGUCAUCACAAUGCUCACCCCCAGCAAGAAGAGAGGACCACGAGACGGGCCACGCAAAAUUAAGGCUCAAUACAACGUGACACUCACCAGUCACACCGAUGCUGAUCAAGUGCUCAAUCAGAUUCUCACCAUCUUACCGGAGAAAAACGUAGACUUCAUUCAGAAAGGCUAUACUCUGAAGUGCCACACACAGUCGGACUUUGGGAAGAUGACCAUGCAGUUUGAGUUGGAGGUGUGUAUGCUGCAGAAGCCAGAGGUAGUCGGUAUCCGUCGGCAACGGCUCAAAGGCGACGCCUGGGUGUACAAACACCUGGUAGAGCACAUCCUGUCCACCUCCAGCAUCUCAUGUUAAAUUGAUCGGUGACGUCUGUCCAGUUGACCUUCAUUUCACUACUUAUGAUCAUGUUCAUCAUUUUACCACUUCUCACCCAGUAUUAUUUGUCUUGCAAAAAUGUUUUGGUCAGUUGAAACUAAACUCAGAUGAUGGAAUAUGAUAGAAUUGUGCAUUAAUUAAUACUUGUUACCUCCGUUUUUGUUUUAGUGUCUGUCAUGUUUUAUUUGUUUUAGCUUGUAAAAAGAUCUUAAUCUGUUACUGUGUUCAAGGUGUCUGUCAUUUUUGUUCAUGUUUACUUCUGUAAUAUUGA